CGUCAUUAAAUACAAACAUCAGGGGAGGUUAGUUUUCAUUGGGUCGCCAAUCACACAGACGUAGUCCACAUGUAAGUCAUGUCAAGUCGUCGGUUAUAUUUAUUUUUGUAGGAAUUUUUCUAAGAAACUACUGUACCUACUGUACUUAGAUUUUUGAGGUUAUACCAUACACAUGUGUUUAGUUUGCUGUCUGCUGAAUAUCAAUGUAAAUUCGAUAUAUUUAUGAAUUUUCAUUUUAUUAUUGUUUAUCUUAUCACAGAUAAAGUUUUUAUUUAUUUAUUUGACUGAUGAAAAACGGAAAUUAAUCAUGAGAGUUUUAGAACUUUAUUCUGGUAUUGGUGGAAUGCACUAUGCUUUUGAAAAAAGCGGAGUACCAGGAACAAUAGUAGCUGCAAUUGAAAUUAGCACAGUAGCCAAUGACGUAUACAAGCACAAUUUUCCAUCAACAAAAUUAAUCAACAGAAACAUCGGUUCGCUGACAGUGAAAGACAUUGAAGAUCUAAAGAUAGACAGUAUAUUUAUGAGUCCACCGUGUCAGCCUUUUACUCGGAAUGGUCUUCAGAAAGACAUCAAGGAUGCAAGGACGAUAUCUUUUUUCCACAUUCUAGAAUUAAUUCCCCAAUUAAAAAAUUUAAAGUAUAUAUUAUUAGAAAAUGUUGAACCUUUUUCAAAGUCAGUGUCGCGCGAUAUAUUAAUUUCAUGUUUGCAAAACAUCGGGUUUAAUUACCGCGAGUGUAUUUUAAGCCCGAGUGAUUUCGGAGUUCCCAACAGCAGGUCCAGAUACUUUUUAAUUGCAAAAAAAAAUGACUUGCCAUUUUGCUUGUCAAAAUAUUCAUCAGACAUCACUGCUGACUUGAUUCUGGAAGUUUUUUCAAAAUCGCAGAGAUUCAAAGUCUUCAAGAACAAACAUCCGGAGUACCUCACGAGUGACUGCAUUAAAUUGAGCGAAAUUGUCUCCAACUCCAAUGACAUUGACACUCAAGAGUACAACUUACCAGAGUCGAUAUUAAAUAAAUAUGUCAAAGUACUGGACAUUCGUAGUCCAGACUCAAAAGGAUCUUGUUGCUUCACUUCAGCUUAUGGACGCUAUGCUGAAGGAACUGGGUCAGUUUUUUCUCCCUUACUCAGCUCGGAUGUUGAGGAAAAAAUUUAUGAACUAAAAAAUAAUGAACAGUUGACUAAUUAUUCGGAAAUUAUCAAAAGUUUAAGGCUGCGUUAUUUUACACCCAGUGAAGUAUCAAGACUCAUGUGUUUUCCUGAUAAAUUUACCUUCCCUAGUACAAUAAGUAAACGGCAGAGGUAUAAAUUAAUUGGGAAUUCAAUUAACGUUCAUAUUGUUAGCCUGUUAAUUAUCCUUCUAGACUAUGUACCUGAUUCAAAUUUAUAAAAAUAAGAAAUGUUAAUUAAUAUUUACCUAUGUUUUAAA